AUGUAUUCCAAAAAACGCGACGAGCCGCUUCCACUGCCACCCACCCCCUACGUUCUCAGUGAUAGUGGAGUAUUCGACGGCAAUGAUGGAAAAUGGUCAUCGUUCCUUCUCAACAUCGGAGAUGAUGGCUCUGGAAGAGGCCAGAACUUCAGGGUUCUCAUUUCUACAUCAUCUCCAGUCGUCCUGGUUCCUGGACAAACUGAAUGGUGUGAUGACGAUGAGUGUGCUAAGAAGCGUGGACUUGAGCUUUACGACGGAAAGCAGCCUCUCGGGCUACAGAAUUCGGCGCAGUGGCAAGACGCCGAGAUUUACAACAUACCUCAGCCGCAGUGGUGGAGUGAUUCCUAUAGAAUUGAUCAGAGCGACUUGAAUGGUGUAUGGGGAGUCGAUAACGUGGGUUUAGGGUCAAGCUCGCCACAAAGUCUCAUACUAGCCGAACAGUAUGUGGUCAAGACCUUGGUGAAGGAUUUCUUCAUGGGCUCUUUUGGACUCGCUGCGGGAGCUGUUGGCCCGCCUGGUGGAGACAAACCAAAUUUCCUGGACAAUUUCGAGGCUGCAAAUAAGAUCGCAAGUCGUUCAUAUGGAUACACCGCUGGUGCAUACUACCGAAACAACAACAAUGGAGUCCCAGGAAGUCUAGUCCUAGGCGGGUACGAUGAAUCACGAUUCACUUCGAAAGGUACAUCCAUACGCAUGCCGAAUGACAAGGAUAACAAGCUUGUUGUCGGAGUACAAUCGAUUCUUUAUGCAAUGGAUCAAGACGUUGAAACGAACACAGUAAGAUUGACACCAAAUGGGGGAUUCUCUGCUACGAUAGAUUCUACACUGCCUUACCUCAUCUUACCGGAUGAAGUUUGCGACGAGUUUGUAUCCAAAUUCCGUCUAGAUUUUGAUAAGGAUAGUCAGUUGUUUCUUGUCGACUCUACUUCUCACCAGGCCAACGAGCGCGAGAAUGCUACCGUUUCCUUCAAAAUCGGGGCGAGCCCUUCUGACAGCGAUAUCUUCACAUCCAUUGUCUUACCAUACGCAGCAUUCGUCCAACAGGCUAGCUUUCCUCUGCCCGUUGCCAAUGAUAACACCCAGUAUUUUCCGAUCAAAAAAUCCGAGAACGGCAAGUUUGUGCUGGGUCGCACGUUUUUGCAAGAAGCUUACAUCAUCGUCGACUACGAAAGGACCAAUUUCACAGUUGCGCGAGCAUUGUUUGCUGACCCCAUGCCCACUCAGAGUCUUGUCACCAUAUUUAACGAGUCAUAUACUGGACUACCUUCUGUCGCCAAGGAUGAUUCUGGAGGUGGAUUACCUACCGGUGCAAUUGCUGGAAUCGUCGUGGCAAUUGUUAUAGUUUUCGCUCUCGCUGCUAUUGGUGUCUUCAUUUGGUGGAGGAAGCGCCGUAAUCCAAAGAAAGAUGGACGUGAAAGUGAAAGGCAUUUGGAGAUAGACACAACCCACGCUGGCACGGAAGUCAAGUACCGACGCGUUUCAGAGCUCACUGGAUCCGAAGGUCCGCAAUCACCAAGAGGCUCGUCCCUGGGUUACUACGGUCCCGAUCAUAAGUCGAUACCCCCAAUUUCCGAGAUGUCACCAGAAAGUCCUCCCUCCGAGCUUUACAGUCCUCCACCUGAAGGUCAUGACGGUGUUGAUUAUUUUGCUGCUGCGGAGGCAAGACGGCAGGGGGCAAUGCGAGAUCGCCGCUCUCCAGCCAUGAGCACACCACAAUCGCCUACUAUUGCCGAACUUCCUGGAGAAGGCAUUCCAUACGAGACUUCUGCGGAUGAACCGAAGCCGACACAAAGACCUCCACAUAGCCGCAGCCCGAGUGACAGUUCACUUGGUACAAACAUCGAUGCAGUACUAGCGAACGAGCGAAUGGUUAGUUCAAGGAAUGAAUCGGAUGUUGAUGAUGCGGCGGUGGAGCCUUGUUCCUCGGAAACUAUCGAGGAAGAAAAUGGCGCGAAACCGGGCCCUCCGGAUGGAGAACAUGACCCUACCGAGCAAUCAACCGUUGAAAGGCGGCCAUCUCAUUCGAGAGGGCUGAGUGACACUACAGUUAAAAGCGAAAGCACAGCAGUGUCGCAGCCCACCCAAGAAGAGAUGGAACGCUGGGCUAGGACUGGAGAGGAUGCACAGCGGCCCAUGUCUCCGUAG